AUGGAAAUUGAACAUGAAAUAGAACUUGUUCAUUAUGACUACCAUAUACAGGCAGUAAAACAAGAAUAUGAUCGACUUCAUCCAAAUGCAUAUCAGAAAAAAAUAUUCAAACAAUUAUGCCAUAGUAAAUAUGAACAAGAAAUCACACAACAAGAAUAUAAGUUUCUUCAAAUACAAAUACAUUAUAUUAAUUCAUCAUGUCAAUCAUUUGAAAACGUACCCAUAGCUGAAUCAACAUUAAUUAAUUCUAUUGAAAAUCCUCAGAUUCGUGAAAAAUUAUUCGAUUCCUAUAAAGCAGUUGCUAUACAAGCAAGAGCUGAAUUAUUUGCGAUAUUUAAAGAGUAUGAAAAACAAUAUCAAAAUAAAAUUGUAGCAUUACAAUUACAAUGGAAAAUGAGUAGUAUGAUUGAUGGUACAUCAGUCUUCGAUCGAAUUAUAGAAUGUACGAGUUAUCAAACAAAUUUAUUGAAACAAGAUAUUGUUAAGAAAGUUUCCUCAUUUCGAAGCACAUUAAUUCAACUUCGUCAACACUCAUCGUCAACACGAAAAGAUAUUAUUGAUGUCUCUCCUGAGUCGUUUCUUGAUCUAUUAGCAAAUCCUUUCAUACCGCGAGAAUGGAACCAUCUUUCACUUGGUCCAUCAUAUAUACGAUUAAAUCAAAGUGCCAUUUAUCCUCGACAUCAACAAGAAAUUGUUAUUGGAAAACAACAUGAAAAAAUCUAUGAAAAGGUUAAACAACAUCUUAUAAAAUAUCAUUUUAUUCCACUGAAAGCAACUGUUUUCAAAACAUAUUCUAAUGAGGUUUUGGAUUAUUUCGAUCAAUCCUAUUUUUCUCCAUUACCAUUUAAAGAUCAAGUGCAAGCAUCAGAGGAAGCAAAAACAGCUGCAGCUAUUCAACGCAAAAUAAAAAAAUUUAAUCUUAUUCUUCGCUUAACCGAUAAGGGUCAUAAUUUUUACAUUGGUUCGGCAACUGAAUUCGAGAAAAAAGUACAAACAUUUUUCCAAGAAACAAAUGCUUUUAUGGAGUUAAGAGAAAAUCCGUUGGAUGAAAUUUUGAAGAAAGUUAUCCAAUUACUCAAUCAACUUUACGCGAAAAAAUUGAUUUUAUCAUGGCAACAUAAAAAAAUGAUGCCUGAUCGAAACAAAUGUGAAUUGUCUCAUUUAUAUUUUAAUCCAAAAACACAUAAGGAUGGUGUACCAGUUCGGCCGAUUGAAAAUACUAUUGCGGCUCCAACAAGAAAUAUAUCAGACUUCUUAGAUAAAAUUAUACGACCAAUUUUUGAUAAUAAAUGCAGCACAACUAGCAUUAUCGAUGGUACAUCUUUAAUAAAAAACCUUACACAAUAUGCUAAAAGAGGUCUUUUAAAACCAACAACUCUUUUUUGUACAUUUGAUAUUCGUAAUUUAUAUACCAUGCUUCCACAAGAAAAAGCAUUGAAUAUUCUUAUGGAAUUUCUUCAUGUACAUGGUUAUACCAGAGUUAAAGGAAUUCCACUUGAUGCCAUAAGGAAAUUAGCUUCGCUAGUAUUGAAAGAAAAUGUUUUCGUCUAUGGUAAGACAAUUUAUAGACAAAUUCUCGGUGGCGCCAUGGGGUCAUCCUUUACAUUAACAUUAGCCAAUAUAUUUAUGUGGAAAUGGCAAAAACAACUCGUUCGUAUACAAGAGAUCACAGGUGAAUUUUACGGCCGGUAA